AUGAAGCACCCUGCGGCCCCUGCGCUGAAGCGACUCGCCGCAAUCCAAUCGGAAGAAAGUGAGGAAUAUGGCGUGCGAAGACGUUUUCCACAGCCUCAUAAAGACCGCCUGGAGCGCUCCCUACAAGACAGGGCUCUCGACCUCUGUCAAGCCCCUAAAGACCUCUAUAAUCAUGCUGCACGUAGGCAAGAGAAGCAGGAAACCUUCUUAUACCUGGCUUAUGGCUCCAAUCUCUUCUCGGGCACGUUCCUAGGCCGGCGAGGGAUCAGGCCUCUGUCAGCCAUCAAUGUCGUGGUGCCUGAGCUGAUCAUGACAUUCGACUUGCCUGGGAUACCCUAUUCGGAGCCAUGUUUUGCCAAUACCAAAUAUCGGCCAGAAAUUCCUCCCACCUCAGGCGAGGGCGAUGAGAAAGCAAGCCACUCGAUUACUGAGAGGCCAAAAUACCACAAUCCUGAAUGGCCUCGUGGGCUCGUAGGUGUGGUGUAUGAAGUAACAGCUGCGGAUUUCUUUCAUAUCCUUGCAACUGAAGGCGGUGGCGCAGCCUACCAAGACGUCCUGGUAGACUGCUACCCCCUUCUCCCUGGGAUCCAACCGGUUCCCGAGCACCCUAGUACGGACGUGUUCAAAGCACAUACGCUCUACGCACCUGUGUACGCACCCGGCAAAGCUCCACCUGGAAGAGAGAGGUUCUCCCGGCCAGAUCCUGACUAUUCUCAGCCAUCACUGCGGUACAUUACUAUUAUUCAAAACGGUGCUGAUGAGCAUGACUUCCCGCCAGACUACAAGGCUUAUCUUCAGGAACUCGAGCCAUUCACUAUUACAAGUCAGAGGCAAAGAAUGGGCGCUUUCAUCUUUCUGCAGAUCUGGCAGCCAAUUCUCACUGCUAUCUUCAAGCUGAGCGCGAGAUAUGCUGAUGACAAGGGAAAGAGUCCUAAGUGGCUUUCAAUUCUCGCAGCAGCAAUCUUUACAAGUGUUUGGAUCUCUUACGAUCAAUUCUUUCACCGCAUCUUUGGCGACGGCGAGCGUACUCAGCCAAAGCAUACUGAUGAAGAGAGAACCCAGCGCAAACUUGUCCGCGACGCAAGUCACUGA